UCCAACAAAAAUUUCCCCUAAAUUCUUAAUCACAAACCCUAGAAAACAACAAUUUACAUCCAAUCCUUUAUUUCAAAUUCUUUAUUUUCUCUUUACUGUUCCUUUCUAGGGUUUAUACAUACAUACACACACAUAUAUAUAUCUAAUUAUAUAUAUAUAUAUCGUAUAUCGUAUAUCGUAUAUCUAUAUAAUUUUUUCAAUUUUGACAUCUCGUGUUGUAAUUUAAUGGAACGAUUUGGUGGCGGUGAUACUCAACAACUUGCUUCCAAUCCUGCAGGCGGUGCGGGUGAGUUAUUUGAUGCGUCGCAAUAUGCGUUUUUCGGUAAUCAAGUGCUCGAAGAAGUUGAGUUGGGAGGUUUGGAUGACGAUGAGGAGGAAGAUAUUCCAGUAACUAAGUUUGAGGAAGAAGAAUUUCUCUUGGAGCCUGAAGAGGUUGUGUUUCCCGGACUUGACGACCUCUCCUCCACUUUUUCAAAGCUUAACAAAGAUGUCACGGGGUCAAGUGUUGGAGUUUUUGGUGACCAGGGAUCCAGAGAAAAUUUAUCCUCAGCUGAAUGGGCACACGGAGGAGAAUACACUAAUUGGCCUCAUCAAGAUGUAUUUGAUGCAGAAAGUGGCCUGGAAAGCAAUAGAUGGUCUAACUCUUCCUUCCCUCUUCAAGAUCCGUCAAUGCUUCUUCACAGAACAUCUUCUUAUCCUGAGAAUCAUCAACAGAAUCUUAACAGAACAUCGUCGUACCCUGAGCAGUUUCAACAACAGAACCUUAACCAACACCUGAUAGAUGAAUCAAAGAAUCUUCACAGAACAUCAUCUUACCCUGAGCAGCAGCAGCAACAUUUUAAUCAGCAUUUGCAUUUUUCCAGUGAGCCAGUUCCUGUUCCCAAAUCUUCGUUCAUCUCAUACCCUCCUCCAGGUGGUGGUGGGUCCCCCCAACCUUCACCUAACCAACAUCUACGACAUCUUAAUGCUCCAUAUGGACACCAAAUACCACAAUCCUUCUCCAAUAUGUCUCCACAGCUUCAGAUGGGUGGGAUGCCUCAUCCAUCCCAGUUUGGUGGGAAUUUACCCCCGUUUCGUCCUCCUGCCCCUAACCGAGUACCCAACCAGUUUGGUGGAAACUUGCCUGAUCUUUCAAAUGGUAUGUUGCAACAACAGUUUGCCCAUAAUAAUGGUUUGAUGCCCUCACAGUUGCUGCCACAACAGCAAUCACAUCAACACAGGCCGCCCAAUCAGUUUCAGCCGCCUUUUGGCCCUUUAUCUGGACUGCAGCCACCUCAAUUAAUGAAUCACCACCUUUCUCCACCCCCACCUUCGAUGAACAAUUUUGAACUACUUGGAGCGGGUUCAAGAGAUUUGAGGCCAAAGUCAAUGCCCAAAGGAAGACCUGGCCAAAGAUAUUUCCAAUCAGGCUUUGACACCACUGGAUGGCCACAGUUCAAAUCUAAAUACAUGACAGCUGAUGAGAUUGAAAAUAUCCUCAGGAUGCAACUAGCUGCUACGCACAGUAAUGAUCCUUAUGUAGACGAUUACUACCAUCAAGCUUGCUUAGCAAACAAAUCUAGUGGUGCGAAAUUAAGACAUCAUUUCUGCCCAACUCAAUUGAGGGAGUGUCCCUCAAGAGCCCGCACUGCUAACGAGCCACAUGCUUUUCUCCAAGUUGAUGCAUUGGGUCGGGUUUCUUUUUCUUCAAUACGUCGGCCUCGCCCACUUCUUGAAGUUGAUCCACCAAAGUCAAGUGGUGGUGGAAACUCUGAUCAGAAAAUGUUGGACAAGCCAUUGGAACAGGAACCCAUGCUUGCAGCUAGAGUUACAAUUGAAGAUGGUAUUUGUCUUCUUUUAGAUGUUGAUGAUAUUGACCGCUUUUUACAAUUUAAUCAGCUCCAAGAUGGCGGGGGCCAGUUGAGGCAAAGGCGACAAGUCCUUCUAGAAGGUUUAGCAACAUCACUUCAGCUUGUUGACCCACUAGGCAAGAACGGUCAAACAGUACAAUUAUCUCCCAAGGAUGAUCUCGUCUUUUUACGGUUAGUUUCUCUUCCUAAGGGACGGAAGCUUCUCUCAAGUUACCUUCAACAUCUUUCACCAGCAAGCGAGCUAACUCGUAUAGUUUGCAUGGCUAUUUUUCGUCAUUUGAGAUUUCUAUUUGGAGCUCUUCCAGUAGACCCAGGAGCAGUUGCAACUACUAACAAUCUUGUAAAGACUGUUUCAUCCUCUGUUCACGGAAUGGAGCUUAGAGCGCUAGGUGCUUGUCUCGCGUCUGUUGUUUGUUCUGCAGAGCAUCCGCCACUUCGUGUUGUUGGAAGUGCACUAGGCGAUGGGGCUUCUGUUCUGUUAAAGUCUGUACUGGAAAGGGGAACCAAGCUCUUAACCGAUCCACAAGCCGCCAGUAACUGCAGCAUGCCAAAUCGGGACUUUUGGCAGGCAUCUUUUGACGCUUUCUUUGGACUUCUCAUUAAGCACUGUUUCAGUAAGUACGAUACUGUUGUCCAGUCGUUGCUGACUCAGGGUGGUGGCCCAUCUGACAUGGCAGUUAUUGGGUCAGAGGCAGCAAAAGCUAUUAGUCGGGAAAUGCCUGUUGAUCUCCUACGUGCAUGCCUUCCUCAUAUAAAUGAGAACCAGAGGAAGCUGCUACUUGAUUUUGCUCAGCGCUCAAUGCCUGUCCUUGGUAUGAAUAGUGCUGGAUAAUACUUGGGUAUUGGGAUACUUUAGGAAGGUAUGAAGAGAAUGCAUGGCUGAUGAAUAAGACAAAAAGGAUACAAACCAUGAGUCAUGUUGUCGGGUGAUAGAAAAUGUGCUUGGAGUUGAAAUGUGCACAGUUGAUGAAAGAACGUAAGCCUGCUUUUGUUAUAGUCUUUACAUGUUUAAUUAUUGUGUUUUUAUUAAGAAAUUUAGUUGUGUACUGUUUGUCUAUUUUGCUUCUUCUGGGGGGAUGUUGAAUUAGGAGCUUAUUUUGUUGCUCUAAUGUGACGGUUAUCCCUUGUAGUGAUGAGGAUUUAGAAGGUUAGAAAUGUGUAUAGCGUUUGAGUUCCUUCACCAUUGAUAUUCAAGGAGAUGGGAAAGAUAGGGCUACCUAGAAUGGUCACAAAUGAAUCCUCUUUUUUGUUUUGCUUUUUACUCCCAACUCUAAUAUUGGUCUGGAGAAAGUUGAUAGACUAUCUUUCUUGUUUUAUUAAAUUUCGUUUUUA